CUCCGCACCACAGUGCGAGAGAUGAUCGAAGUGCAAGCAAAGCUGCUGCGCGAUGUCGUCUAUGUCGCUGGAGACAGUGUUGAAUGCCUGGUCACCUUCACCAACAAGCAACCCGAUGCAAACUGCAACGAGCCGAAUGGAAACAGCAUCAAGAGAAUGCCCGAGAACAUUGCCUGGGCCAGCGCUCAGAUCCACUGCCACUGCUCAGUGGAUGAGUCCAAAGUCCGGUUUCCGAAAUCUCCGUCUCAAGAACAGAUAGCCACAGGCUCCAAGGACACCUCGUUCAUUCCGUGCCGAGGUGAAGGUGAAAAAGGCUAUGUUGUGUUCUCCUCAAAGCCCAAGAUCUUAUUCUGCGACCUCCGGUUGCUACCUGGUGAAAGCAAAUCAUUUAUGUACAAGGAAGUCAUUCCUUCCUCUGUACCGCCAUCAUACAAGGGCCAGGCAGUUCGGUAUGCGUACAAGGUCACCAUUGGUGCACAGAGGGUCAAUGCACUGACAAGGUUGCUCCGGAUACCAAUCAAGGUCUUCGUGGUUGAAGGUCUGAUGGAAGCACUAAAGGAGCGUCUGGCCAAAGCAGCUCCAAGCAACCCAUUCCUCCCAACUGCAAGCCGCCAGUCAGUGCUCGAAGUAGCUGUAGAUUUCUUGGAAGACUUGACGUCUCGAAGAAGGCCUAGCUACUACAACGUGACGCACCAGAAUGGACGGGUUGUGCGUUUCUGCCUGCUCAAGUCGUGCUUCCGCCUCGGCGAAGAUAUUGUUGGCAUGUUUGACUUCUCCGAGGCUACGGUGCCCUGCGUGCAGUACUCAGUGACACUGCAGAGUGAGGAGCACAUUUCUGCCGCCGCAUCGGCCACGGGCGAGGCUGUGCUUUCCACGCUUGGACAUUGCCGGCAGCAUGCCUUUUGCCUGCACCUGCGCACUACACACCUGCAUCUACCUGUGCCACUACACGUCACACCAACCUUUGGCUCUGAUAUCGCUGAACUGCGUUGGAAGCUCCACUUUGAAUUUGUGAUGACUACAUCCCCAGUGAUGCAGCCAGGUCAGAAGGUGCCGAGCUCCGGCGACUGGCAACCGCCCGCAGUGCUGGAUGUGCAGACUAUGGUGUGGGACUUGCCCAUCUGCCUGUACCCGACACACCCCGGCCACGUCAGCAGUGCUCUCAAAGCACCGUCUCAAAUGACCCUGCAAAUCUGCUGACCAUAGGCCAGCGACAGUGCUACCUUCAUGCCUAGAAGCUGCUCUAAGCCACAGCUGACGAAGAGAGGACAGCUUGCUGUUAGUGCUUCACGCGACGGGACCUCUGUAGAGCUGCAGCUGCAUGUACCCAGCUAAACACACUUGGGCUUGCACGCAGCCGUAAAUUUUUCAUCCUUUACUUACCUCAAAGAUGGCUGCUGUUUAUACAGUCCUGUUCGAAGUUCCCAAGCGCAUUAGAAGAGGUAACUCCAGGCCAGGUGCAGCAGAGGCCAAGUUGUGCUGCCAACUCUCUUUGUAAAGUCGGGAAUGCCACGCCAGUUCCACCAAGUGGUCCAGAAGUUAUUGUGGCCGCGUUAAAAGUGGCUUCAGAACUUUCAUUACGGUCUGUGCGCAUCUCGGCGCUACGUGUCGUCCGCGAGGCCAACUGGCUGUGGAAUCGCCCAGUUGCUUGCAGUUCACGAUUCAUUGUGUGCAAGCUUGAGAGACCUGCUUUUGCUGUUUGUAGCAUGUUGUCAGGCUUCAGUUGUUUGUUUUGACUAUGCUGGGCGUCCUUAUUACGUUGAUUGCCAUUAUUGGUUUGGGCUUAGUGUUGGAAAUGUUACGUUUUAUUGGUUAAGGGGACCUUACAAACCUCAUUUGCGAUUUCGGGGCAAGUCAUUCAUUCCCGCUUUUUAUGCAAGGUGUCACUGCGCAGUUAUACAAAACUAGGCACGGCUAUUUCGGGACUUCCUCUGGUAUGUUUAUGGGUUACCAGUCUUUUGCAAAUGCUUCUAUUAGUCGCUAUUCGUCGCUUGAAUUGAUGAUUGUUUUGAUAUCAUGCGUCUAAAAGAGUGCAGCCAGUUUUUAAGGCCUUCUUUCGAUGCUCAAAGUACAAACGAAUGUGCAGACAGUGUUGCACACUAGAAACGAUGACGGCACGUAGUUUCGUGCUCAAUUGCUCACGAAUGCCUGUGUGGCACAAUUGUAUAGUGCCGAAGUGCAUGAAGUAUGGUUGACUAGAAAGAAUCCUCCUCAUCCCCGCUUUUUUUUUAGCACGUGCGUGUUUGUGUGCAAUUCUCUCACCACAUGUACAUUGACUAAAGUUCUGAAUGCAAUGUGUGCGCAACUCUCCAGUGCUGCCGAGUUUAUAGUGGACAACACUUAAAGACAGGCGACAGUUGGUGGUGCAGGCUUUUAAGUGCUGUUGCGAGUAUCCAGCUGCGCUGAACUACUUUUUGGCGAACUAUUGAUUGUGCCUGGUAUAUUGUGUAAGAUAUGUGAAGAAUCUUCGCCAAUUACGGGGUCAGAUCACUGUAAAUAGAUCAUAUCUGGCAGCUUCAUUGUUACACCAAGCAUUCAACAUGUGCGUUGGUCUUGUAUUUGUAAUGCAUAUAGCAUUGUUACCUCUCUGUGUUGCACAUUUUUUACUUGUGCUCUACAUGCUGCGAGGGACUCGCGCAAGGUGCAGGUGAUCUGAAUUGCCGAUAGCCUUUUAUUACGGUUUGAUGUACAGAAGACUUCUUUUUUUUUUUUGUUCACUGUAGCGUGAUUUUAAUGCGAUUUAUGUAUUUGCACGCAAACGUAAUGCUUGUAUGGCCACCUGAGAUCUUUCUUGCUAUUGGGAAGAUGUUUUUUUUCGCACACUUAUUGCUACCAUGCAGUUCCCAUACUAAUGUUGAGAAAAAUAAAAAUGUUGCCAUUAAA